AUGUCGAAGGAUUUUCCUGAUGUCGAUUCAUUUCCUGAGACGGGUGUUCCCAAGUUCGAAAAGCUUAGCGGCUAUGAUUUUUACCAGAGCAUAGGCUCGCCGAAGCGCGUUGUUGCGCCCAUGGUGGAUCAGUCAGAACUAGCUUGGCGCAUCCUGUGCAGGAGAUAUGGAGCAGAUCUCGUGUAUUCGCCGAUGAUCAAUGCCAAGAUUUAUGCACAGCAAGGCCGUGGCAUGCAUCGCGUUCGUGAGGGGUUUUUCAAUCAGGAUAUCGGUGAAGAGGGUGCUCAUAUCUUACCGUUAGGCGAUGUGAAAGACACGGAUCGACCUCUCAUCGUACAAUUUUGUGCCAAUGAUCCAGAUUUGCUCCUUGAUGCAGCAAAGUCCGUGGAAGACAAAUGCGACGCGAUUGACUUGAAUUUAGGAUGUCCCCAGCAAAUUGCCAAGCGUGGCAAAUUCGGCGCAUAUCUCAUGGACGACUGGGACUUGGUAUUUCGUCUCAUCAAUACAUUACACCUGAAUCUUAAAGUGCCCGUCACAGCCAAAUUUCGCGUGUACGAGUCGGAGGAGAAGAGCAUAGCAUACGCUCGCAUGAUCCAACGUGCCGGGGCACAAAUUGCGACGGUACAUGGACGAACACGUGAAAUGAAGGGCCACAAAACAGGCUUAGCUGACUGGUCCAUUGUACGUGCCGUGAAACAGGCACUUGAUAUCCCUGUGUUCGCAAAUGGCAAUAUCAUGUAUGCACAAGACUGGCGCGACUGCUUGGUAUACACAGGCUGCGAUGGUGUCAUGAGUGCUGAGGGUAACUUGUACAAUCCAGCGAUUUUUCACCCCGAAGUGGGACCUGACUUGUCCUCUCUAUCCGAUCGAAAUGGUGACCACUCCGUCUUUGAGCCGAUGCGCAUGGUGAAGGUGGCACAUGAGUACCUAGAUAUCGUGGCCACUCUCAAGACACCCACAUCUCAUGGCGCUAUCAAAGGUCAUAUGUUCAAAAUCACGCGGCCAGCUCUGUGUAUCCAUACUGAUUUGCGACCUGUGCUCGGAGGUGCUCGAGCGUACGAUGGAGAGCCUGGCGAAGAUCGUGUGCGUGACUACCGUGCCUUUUUGCACGAACUUGCCAAGCGGCUUGAACAUGAUGAAUCCCUAACGCAAUAUUAUACCCGGCCUGAUGAUCUGCCCAAUUACUAUGUUGUACCCCCGCAUCUGCAGGACACGUUGGAUCGCACAACACGGCCUGACUAUAUUCCACAUUGGUAUAUCCAACCUUAUUUCCGGCCACCCCUAAAUCCACCGAAGUCUGCCUCUGGCAGCGAUGCGAAAGAAGAAGCUCCUGCGGCGAAGCGCGUAAAAAUAGACUCGAGCACAUAA